AUGAACUGCUUCCGCAGAAACUUGGUCACAAUACAAGCGGUGGCAUUUUCGGUGACGGUGUCAACGCUCCUCGCGCUCGUCACCAUCGUGGCCGCGGACGAGAUCCGCGACACGCGCGAAGGCGAAACGGUCACGUUGAAAUGCCGCUUCAGCGAACAGUCGGCGGCAAGCGAUUUUUCCUACUAUUGGGCACGUUCGACGGGCAACAAAUUCGACAAUGUUGCCAUCAAGGGUGUGCAGCUCAACACGAACUACAGAAUCGACUUCCGGCCGGAGCAGGGAAUUUAUGAUCUCACCAUAAUGAACACAUCGUACAGCAGAGAUAAUGGCCGGUUCGAGUGUCGCGUGAAAGCGAGCGGUACUGGUGCGGACGUCCAUCAGGAGUAUUACAACCUGACCGUCCUGACACCGCCCCAGCCACCGUUUGUCGAACCCGUCGAGUUGCGGGCGACCGAGGACGAAAAGUUCGACCUAACCUGCAGCAGCAUCGGUGGCUCACCGGAUCCAACGAUCACGUGGUAUCGAGUGGGGUCGGAAAAGCCUCUUAAGUCCACCAUCGCCAAGGGUGGCUCGAAGGAUCUGCGCACCUCGAGCACCCUAUCGAUUGUGCCACGGCGCGAGGACGAUGGGGCAAAGUUCCGGUGCGUCGUCUGGAAUCGCGCUAUGUCGGAGAAGGACAAGCUGGAAACGACAGUCACCCUGUCCGUAAACUACUAUCCGAGGGUGAAGGUGGGCCCAGAAAACCCGCUACGAGUCGAGCGGGACAGUACCGCUUUGCUGGAGUGUGCCGUGGACUCGAAACCGAAGGUGCCGAACGUGCGAUGGACGCGCAAUGGACGGCUCAUCAGUUCCUCCCCAUCCCAUCCGAUACAGCGUGUUUCGGUGCAGGACGCUGGUAACUAUGCCUGCUCCGCGGACAAUGGGUUGGGUAAGGUUGGUGAACAGAUCAUUACGCUGGAUGUACUGUACGCACCGAUCGUGGUGAUCGAAUCGAAAACAUGGGAGGCGGAAGAACGAUCCACCGUUACGAUACGCUGCAAUGUCACCUCCAACCCGCCACCAAUAUCGAUCGAAUGGUUCAAGGAGGGUAGUCCGGAUUUCCGCUACACAGGUGACAUUUUGCAGCUGAGAGACGUGAAGGCAGAGCAUGCCGGUAGGUACGUGUGUCGGGCGGUCAACAUGAUGAAGCCUUACAAUGGAAAAAUUAUCGAACGUGUCGGUAAUUCUACCGUGGCACUAUUGGUCCGUCAUCGGCCCGGUCAGGCCUACAUUAACCCCAGCAAACCAGUAGUCCAUGUCGGUAAUGGAGUCACGCUGACCUGCUCGGCGAACCCACCCGGUUGGCCCGUACCGCAGUUCCGGUGGUUCAAGGAUGCAGUCGGAGAAUUACUGUCCACCACCAAAACUAUCUUGGCUCAGGGCCCUCAGUACGUGAUACCACGGGCACAUCUCGGUAGCGAAGGAAGCUACCACUGUCAUGCCGUCAACGAGCUGGGUCAUGGUCCAAUGGCCACGAUCAACCUGGAAGUUCACCAACCGCCACAGUUUAUCGGCAAAAUGCAACAGCACAUGACGAAGCGAGUCGGAGAUACGGACUUUUCGGCCACUUGCCACGCGAAGGGUAAGCCUCGGCCGAUGGUACGGUGGUUAAAGGACGGCCGGGACAUCACCACCGAUGCCAACAUGUAUCGCAUCAGCACCAACAAUAAUGAUGGGCUCAGUGGCAUGGUAACGGUGCAGAGUACGCUGCUGUUCCAAGGCAAGGCACGUCCGCACAAGAAUCAACUACUUCCUAGCGAUCGUGGCACUUACACGUGUCUCUUCGAGAACGAAGUCAGUACAGCUAAUGCAAGUAUGAACCUUCGCAUAGAGCAUGGCCCUAUUGUGCUGCACCAGUACAACAAGGUAGCGUACGAAAUCAAUGAAAAUGCGGCCGUCAUGUGCCGUGUUCAGGCUUACCCGAAACCCGAAUUUCAGUGGCAGUUGGGAACGAACACGGCUGCCCUGUCGAUGUCCUCUGAUGGACAUUACGAAAUCAAUACCACCACCGAUAACAACGACAUCUACACGAGUGUACUCCGCAUCAACCGGGUUAAGCACGAAGACUACGGCGACUAUACGUGCCGUGUUGGUAACUCGAUCGAAACGAUCCGAGCACCGAUUCGUCUGCAGCCGAAAGGACCUCCGGAGAAGCCAACCAACCUUGGAGUGGCUGACGUCGGAUCGAACUACGUAUCCCUGGUUUGGGAUCCUGGCUUUGAUGGUGGCAUCACCAGUACUAAAUUCUACGUCUCCUACCGCAAGGUGGCCAUUCCUCAUCACGAUCAGGUCAAGGAGGACUGUGGCAUUGUGCAGCAGGUCAGUUCGGAAUGGAUGGAGUACGACUGUCAGCGUGACGUACCGUGCAGCGUAACACCACUGGAUCAGUAUCAGAGCUAUGUAUUCAAGGUGAAGGCACAGAACAUUAAGGGAAAUUCGGAGCCUUCGAAUGAAGUAGCAACCACGACGAAGAUUAGUAAGAUCCCGGUACCGCUGCACGUCGGAUUCGAUCCAGACACGAAACAGCUCGGUCUAAACAUUGGAGCUACCUGUCUGGCCCUUAUCGCCGUCGUUGAAACAAUUGGUUUCCACGAGAGUCCCAUAGCAACGUGGCAAGUCGUGCAAUCUAUCCCGCUGGCAGUAUCUGGCAAUGGACCAACCUACAAGGAGCAGGUACUGGAAAACAUGUACUCCGCGCGACGAUCCAGCGGUCGAUCGAUGGCCAGUGAUGACGAUUUUCCGAUGGCUCUGGAAGAAGAAAUUCCACCGAAAGUGCGCGUCAAGCUGUGUUUGAAAUCGAGCCAUGAAUACUGCGGGGACUAUAUGGAUGCAGAAAUUGGUCCUGCCCUGAUACACGACUCUGCGUUCAUCGCUACACCGACGCUUAUAGCGAUCGUUGUUUCGUGUGUAGUGUUUGCACUGUUCGUAGGACUAAUGCUAAUGUUUUGCCGCUGCAAGCGGAAUCAAACGAAGAAAUCAAACCAAUCGAAAGACUACGAGAUGGACUCCGUAAGACCGUCCAUAGUGGCACAGCAAAGUCAAGCUCCACCGCCCUACUAUCCCACGACUACCGGGCUUGACAACAAAGCCCUCGAGCACUCGAUGGAUCUCGCUCUAGCACUCGAGGAUCAGAAAACAUCCGUCUACGCAACGCACAACGGUUACGGAUAUCAUACUGGCACAAGCAUACAAGUAGCUGGCCAUAGUCUACCAGCUAAUGAAUGGGUCACGAUGGGUUACACGGAAAACAGUUACACCAAUUCCAACAACGGAGGCAGCGUCAAUUCACAGGAUUCCAUUUGGCAGCUAAAGGGAGGACCACCGCCAUCAGGCGGCUCCACCACGAUGACCAUCGGCAUGCAACCACUAUCGAUGGCCAGUCUGCAUGGGGGUGGUUCCGCGUAUGCCACCACCACCACCACUACUACCGCUGCGGCCGGUACGGGUACGCCCUACGGGUAUGAUCCGAUUGCCACGCACUCGAACGUGUACGGCGGUGCAAUGACGAUAGCGGGCGACGAAUACAACCAGUACCCGCACCAGGCGGCCACCCCCAGCCAGCACGGUGGCGAAGACGAUUAUCUGCACCAUCACCACCAUCAUGCGGCGGCAAUGCGCCAAAGCCAGAAUCCCUCCCGGCAGCAGGAGUACUGUGGAGAUUCCUACGCGUCUGUACAUAAAGCAAAGAAACGAUUAGACCAGCCAUCGCAUUUCGACUCAUCAUAUCACGACGUUAGCGGUUUGCCCGAUCCCUAUCUGGAUCAGCAGCAACAGCAACAGCUGCAACUGCAUCAGCUAGAUCACGAGGAUAGCAAAUCAUUGCUUCAGCUUAACCACACGCAAGACCACGGCAGCUUACACCUGCACGCGCAGCAGCAACCGCAGCCAAUCUACGAGGACAACCUGGAGAGCGGCUACUCCACACCGAACUCGCGGAAUCGACGCGUCAUACGGGAGAUAAUUGUCUGA